GCUUCAAUCUGCUCCUCGACGAUUAGCAGCUUCUUUGAUAUUGGAAGAGAAGAGGCAGAUUAAGAAGAAAAGACCAUCUGCAGUUUUAACUAGUUAAUAGUACGUUAGCAGAGUAUAUACUAUUCGCAAUUCACCAAAUACUCACACCUCUUCAGUUCCGAAUCAUGCUCAGACUACCAUCCGCCGCCGCCAGACCAGUUGCUUCUCGCAUCGCUCUUCUAUCCCAGCGUCGCGCUGCCUCCAAGGUCGCCGUAUCGACUCCUGAGGAUGCUGCUCUGACCGAAGACGAGAAGAUCCUGUCCAUGCAGGCUCCUAACCGCAAAGAGACCUGGGCGCCCAGCCAGAGACCCCGGUCAGAAGCCAUGCAGGGUCCCCGAUUUGCUCAGCAUAACCUCGCUACUCAGCCUCAACCAUAUGCUGCUAUCGACUUAAUUGCACAGGAGCCGGUCCGAUUCAUUGAGGAGAACAUCGCAGUCUGCGACGGUGGACGCGGAGUUCAGGGUCAUCCCAAAGUUUUCAUUAAUCUGGAUCAGGACGGCCCCAACACAUGCACGUACUGCGGCCUUCGAUACCAGAUGAAGCAUCACCAUUAAGCGGAGCACUAUUCCUAAAUCGAGGUGGAGUCAAAGAGGAAGUGAUAUAGAGGAGACGUACGGCGGCAUGUAAUUAUUUCUUUCAGGGCGCAAGUUAUUGGGUAUCUUUUCUCAUACACAUAUUUAUCAACCAAUUCAAAAGAGUUUAUU